AUGACGCUUUGCAGUAAAGGUGCUGCUAUAGAAUAUCCUCUAGAGACAUAUCCAGAAGGUAUUUCCAGUAUUGCACGUUUUAUUGAGACAAAGUUUGUAGCCUGCUACUUGAAACUGAAGAAGCCUGAUGAUGUUCUGAAUCAUUCACGUAGGCAAAAAACCCACUUGUGCCAGGCUGCUGCGUUUCAGUGCUUAGACUCUGAAGCUGCAAGGAGCACCAUGAUUGCAGACCAUAUAUACUGGCUGACAGGAGGCACUGAGCAGCAUACAAGCAAGCUCAUCAAACAGUAUUGGCAGGCUAUGCAUGAAGAAGCCAUGACUAGAGAAGUAUCUUUUACAGCUAUGUACACACCAUUUGUGACAGGUGACAAGGCUGACAAAACAGACGAGCUAAAGGAGACAUUUGCUAAAAAGCACCCUGGCCAUGUGGAGCACAUAUAUACAGAUCCUCAUGGAUUUCACAUCUUGCCCCAGAUGGCUGAGAACCCAUGUCUGCCUCCCAAGCAGUACUUGCUGACUCUGGGUUUCAGAAGCAAACAUAUUGGAAAAAGCUUGGAGAGAUGGUCACAUAAAAAAACUGCCAUAUUAUAUGGUUUUGUGAUUCCUUUUCCUAGACUGGAAAGCACCUUUGUGUCCUGUCAUAGAAGAACAAAAGCAUACUGGGAGAACACUGGGAAAAGGAUUUUGCCAGUAAUGGAUUUUAUAAGAAGCACCAAAUUAACAGGACAAUCCUGCCCCUGCCCUCAUGGGAUAGAGAAGCUGCAUCUCGCCAGCUUCCUCGGCUGCUUGCAGAGGGAUGAGGAACAGGCCCACACGAAUCAAGUUCUGGCCGAGCUAGUAACGGCUCCCUACCUGCAGGACAUGAAAAAGAGGGAUCUGCAGUCGCUAAUGGCAGAUGCCGUGGACACCCUUGAAGGAAGAUGUGAUGGAGAACGUGCAUGGAAUAGAAUUCAGAAGAGUGGACUAAUUGAAGACUACUUAUACCAAGCAGAAGUCGAUUACUUAGAGAACAAAACGCUGGGAAUAGAUAAGAUGGAAUAAAUGAAAAUGAAGAGGACUCACAGAGCAACAUUAGAGCCUUGA